AUGAAUUUUCGAGCAACGUUUUUAAUCGGUUUUUUGCUGGUAGUAGCCGCAGUUGCAUUCCCAUCAGAAGAAAACAGAGCAAAACGUGACGUCAUGGAUUCCGUGAAAAGUGCUUGGGGUGAUGUGACAAAGGCAAUGAGCGACGCUGGCGACUCUGUCGCCAAUGCGUUUAAUCCAACAGAGAAGAGUGCUUUAGAUAAAAUGGUAGAUGGUGUCAAAAAUGUUGGUCAAUAA